CGCAGCGCCCGAUCCUCCUCCAUCCCCCUCCUCCUCGACAGCAGGGCAGCGACUGUGCGCCAGCCAUGUUCUCCAGCUCAAAGAAACGGGUGCAGACCCCGAGCCGUCAUACCCCGACACACCGCACCUCGCCCAGCAAGACCAAGCCCGCUGGAAAGGCUGCCGAGCCCGAUGUCACGACGGUGAUCGACCAUCGCGCCUACUCGGUCCGCACGGCUGGCGUGGUACAUCCAGAGGUCCAGAAGCUGCUCAGGCGAGAGAUUGCCUUCAUCAAGGGCGAGAAAGCCCGGUUCAACUAUGCGUACUACAAGCCCAAGGUUACUCUGGAUCGCAUAUCCGGGUGGGCGAUCUUGGACCUUGCCAACGAAUCCAGCCUCUAUGUCUGGCAGUUCCAGAAGAAACUCGCCCUCGGACACAACGUCCAAGAGUUUCCGGCCCCGACCCUCAUCAACGACGACUCUCCUGAGCCCAACAUGGUCGCAGUCAUCCCUUCGCUGACCGAAGACCCGCGGCAGACCGGCCUGCUGAUCUGCAAUCAGGAGGGCUCAUGCCGGUAUUAUGACAAUAUGCUCUUUGGGUCGGCGUCGUUCACCGACAUCCGGCUUCCGGUCGAGUCGGCGGAUGCAAAGUACCUGAUCAGCUGCGAGCCCUUUGGCUGGAUCCUGGCCACGGGCGGCGGGUCAUUGUUUCAUAUUGUGAUCAGAAACUCGGGUGGACAGGUGGUCCUCUCGUAUGAGUCGCUUGUCAAGCCCCAAUCGUUCGCAUUCGGCCAGCUCUUUUCGCAGCGGAGCGACAAGCAUAAAGUGGUUUCUGUGAUAUCCGGCCCCAGGAACGACAGCGGCAACUCGCGAGAUAUAUUUGUGCUGACCGACCGAUCGCUGAUCGUGUGGAACAUUUCUCCAUCGCGGGGAUACCAGUAUAUUGGAGAGCAAGAUAUCAAGGCAGAUGUUGCGCAGCUACUUGCACAAGUAUACCAAAACCGACCUGAGUCGCGGUACCUCUCUACCCACGACGACCUCACGCCCAAAUUUGUCGACAUGGACUACUCCGAGGGUGGCUUGGUGGUUCUGGCAACGUUUCUAGCAAACGGCAGUGCUCGCUUCGCCCUGUGCACCCUCUCGUUUGAUCCGGUGUCUGGAGCCAGCAGCGCCGCGCAAGCCAAGAUCCUGGAGCACAAGUGCAAGCCUCGAGAACUUCAGUCCCAGACACACCUCGGAAUCACCAACGGUGGACUGAUUGCCAUGGUGACGUUUCCCGAGAUGAUUGUCCUCACAUCGACAGUGCCCGAGCUUCUCUCUGAAGAGCAAAUCUCUCUGAGGCAAUCGGGCUCGGAUGCCAUUAUUGGACUGGAGCUCGCCCGAGCUCGCGGCAGCGUUGAUGCGGACGACUACGCACUGGUUUUCUCUGCCGAGGCCGGUAUUCUGGGCCUGAUGGUGAAAACGAAGAGCAUCCUUGCCAGUAACGCCACCAAAAAGGACACUACCGAAGUUGGAUCCAAGGAAACGGAGCAGCUAAUUUCCAAGAUGGGACAGUAUGUUCUCUACGACGAGGAGCAGGAGGAAUACGCUGGUUCGGGUGAUUUUGAUUCGGCAGCCAUCCACUUGAGCGAGGCAAUCCUCAAGGAGGGAAACAGCCUGUUCCCUGCCAUCAUGGAGCUCGAAGAGCAGCUGAAGCUCAAGCUGUGCUGCCAUAAAAGAAUCAUCAAAUUUGUCCACGCUCACGGAGGGCCCCACAACAGGCUCUCGGAAACCACGCGCUUCCAGCUGUAUUUCAACACCAGAAAGCUUGCAGCUGCAUAUCGUCUGUGGCGCCAUCAGAACAGCUACGGCCAAAGCGCCGACAGAGCCACGGAUGUCCUCAGCGCCGCUAUCAAGAACCUCUGGAAGUAUCAAGAUAUUCGCCAGUUUUUCCGCUAUAACAUCUCGGACAUUCACAGUAUCAUCCAGAGUCUUCGAUGUGGUGCCAACGACCCGCCGCAGCGCAUCAUCGAGCUCAAUCGAAUUCUCUUGAACUUUUAUGAUGAUUUUGAUGAGCCCGCGGAAGAUGUACUUCGUGAAUAUAAUGACGAGCGAGAGGCAUACGCCUUGCCAAGACAGUUUCCAGCAGAACCCUGGAGCGCCAGCGAAAGCAUCUACACCCUUGUCUCCACCCACUUUGAAUCGACUCUGAGAUGGCUGAGUACAGCUUUGAAGGAUAACGGCCAUGCAGGCUACGGCUCCGAGCAUCUCGACACUUCUUCGGCGAAAGCGAUUCUCGUUGGACAGCUGAUCGCCCUCGGAGACGUUCUCCACCGCGUGUGCCGUGAUUUGGCCGCGGUCUCCCAUCGCCGCGAGAGCGACCGGACACUCUUUGACAAUAUCCAUGCCAUGGUCAUCAACGGACUAUGCACGGUCGAUGGGUAUUUAGCCCAUAGCGACAGCUUUCCCAAUCUCCAUGCCGCGGCAUUCAAGCUCUCCGAGCAGUUUGGAUACUACCGCACUCUGGCCAAGCUCAGCUAUGAAGAUGUCAGCCGCAACAACUCGUGGUACAACGCAGAGAUCAAGAAGGGGUACCAGGGCCAGAUCAGCAUUGACGAAACCCAAGCCAGUAUCAUCGACGGAUAUGUCAACAAAUAUGGCUACCUCUUCGCCAGGGAGCUGUUCCAGUUCCAGUUCGAGACGCAGCGAUACGCAGACCUGCUGAGCCAGCCCGACAGCUACAACCACCUACUCUUGCAGUACUUGCAGGAGCAUCCAAUUCCGAUGCUUUCGUGGGUACAUGAUUUCCGAGUCGGCCGAUUCCAGGAAGCUGCCGAAACCCUGUUGGCCAUCUCCAAAACCGAGAGCUUGACGGAGAAAGCCAAGACUGCCGCGAGCUUGGCUCGACUGUCGCUUCUCUCCUCCGAGUUGCAAGACGAGACCCUGGGACUUGAGGUUCAGAACCGCAUUCUGCACCUGGAGAGCAUCGAUGCCAUCUCGACCUCGUGGAUGAACCGCUAUGUGGACGAAGGAAACGCAGCCCGUGCGUUCGCCAAGUGCCGCGAGCACAUCCUGAUUGUGCUCCGCAACCGACCGGGGCUCAGCUGGUGCUGCGAGCAAGCUCAUCGCAAGAUCGCCAGUGGGCUUGUGGUCGCACCAGAGGACAUUGUCGACCUCCUGACGUUGGUUGAUCUCGAGGAGUCUCCGGACAAUAUGCGCUGGAGACUAGCGCUGGACAUUUGCCCGCUCAUCAACAACUUGCAGCAGUGGAUGAAUACUAUCAUUCGCCGAGCGCUGUUGCAGACCAGGUGGGACCAAGCCUGGCUGCAAUCGGAUCGCGAGUGUCGAGAAGAGCUCCAGACGACACCGAUCUUCCAUGUGCUCAACACUCUGUACAAGGAAUCGCCGUUCGCCACCGAGCAUCCAAGCAUCCCCAACCUUCUGAGCUCCCUCAAAGCCUCGGGCACGCCGGCGAUUGAGGAGCACCGCCUUGCGGGGGCACCGCUAGACGUCAAGGGCUGGGUUGAGAUGGACCUGAAGAGAGAAGGCCAAGAGCUCCUCCAGCUUCUCUCUCAAGGAACCCACGACAUCGAGUACUAUCUUCAAGUGUGCAUCGGCAUUUAAUUCAUGGCCCGACAUGUGGAAUGGGAUGGCAUAACCCGCCUCCGCCUCCGCCGCACAUGGGCCGUAUGAAUCAACAAAAUAAACCCCACGAAUCGGCACUUGGGUGGCCCAUAC